GAAGCGCUGUGUCAGAUUAAGCUUCAUUUCCAUCUUCUUCUUCUUCUUACUAAUGGAAGGUUUACCAGGAUUUCACCGUCCCCAGUUUUCCGAGGAAACGGCUUGGGUUCCUGGUUGGCUUCAGCAACUCCACUUCGAUAAUCGGAAUGAACAUAUUGAAGUACAUACACCUAAUGAUUGGAGAUUUGAGGGAGUAGCUGUUUCUCAACAAAAUUUUUUGUCAAGUAAUGAGGGAAGAUACAGUUGUCAUCUAUUCUUAUCGGGCGAGGAUAAUUCUCCCCUGAAUUUCUCUGCUUCUUCUGGAGGGGUGGCACAGUUUCAUCUACAAUUAUCCUCAGUUGGGAAAUCACAAGACAUGUUGAGUUCUUUUUCAGAGGCAUUUCAAGCAGAGAGAGACCUAAAUUAUGAAUGCAUAAUGCAGAAAAAUGAUGUUUCUCCCGAGGAAGAAGCAAAUGAGCAAUUUGAAGUGGACCAAAGUGCUUGUAGGGAGAAAUUUCCAAUCAUGCCUAGAAACGAGGAUACAACUCAGAAUGAUUCUCUUUGUGAUAAGAAAAAGGAUGCCAAGUUGGAACGUGAAGAAAUUAUCGGUGACCCCAAUUUGCUUGAUAUCAGAGAUGCAGUCGAACUAUCUAUUGCUGCAACUGAAGCUCUUUCUAUACAUGAAAUACUUAGUAGUUGCUCAUGUGUGAAAGGUUUGUCAGCUGAAGCUGUAAUUGAAAUUGCCCUUAGGGUGAAACAAGCAAGACUGAAUUGUUCAGAAAAUAUCUGUGAUAGCCUAAACAAGGAUGAUGAGGAAGGUGACUUUCUCUUAGACUUGGAUGAUUCUUCUAUGGAAGGUGCAUUUGCCGAUGUUGGGAUUUGUACUGGUGGUUCCAAUGAUUUUUAUGUUAGUGAUUCUGAAGCAUCUUACGUGAAGGAUACACCUUCCUUUGAUAAACACCAUGGAGAUGCAUAUGGAUCCAGAAAUCCUUCAUAUCAGACUGCAGAUAACGAGUUGGAUUUUCAAGUCACAAAAGACAUCCCCAAUGAAUUUCUUCAUUGUGAAAAUCUGAUUAAAGCUGUUGAGAAUUCAGUUUCAGUUCUUAAAAUCUCUAAUAUCUCGUGUCAUAAUGGUAUCCCUUUGCAUUCGACACUCUUGCCUACUUCUAAUGGUCAAUUUGGAUCACAGGAAGUUAAUUUUGCAUCAGAGGAUAUGUCAAUGAAACCUCGCCUGAAAGAGAACCUGUUGACUCUAGGAAAAGAUGAUGAACAAGCUACUACAGGCCCAGAAAGAUUUCAGAGCCGCUGGCUGGGAGGUUGGACAAGCCAGAAGGAAAUGGCUGCUUCCAGAAUCCUUAGAGCAGAUAAUACCAAUUAUGUUCCCCGCUUUUUGGUACGUGAGACAAGUUACCUAACAGAAUCAGCUGAUAUCGCUCCAGAUGAGAGCUCUGUUGUUCGGGCACACGACAAAGGGCUUAGCAUGGCUUCUCAAUCUAGUGUACAAUUUGCACGAGACAGAGCUGAAAAUUUUGCAAUUUCACCUCAAGAUGUAAUGAUGUGUUCAAGCCCAUCCUUAGUUGAUCCUCUAUGUUCUAUUGUUCCAUGCAGUAUCCCUGAUAAUGAAAAUGAUGAUAUCAGAUGUGACUCAAGCACUGAAACCAAGUUUCAUAACAUAGAUUUGCAGGCAUUACAUUUAAAUGUUGAAUCUGGGCAACAUCAUAAUUUUAUUGGUUCUUCAAGUGUUGAUAGUGAUGAUUCUAACACCAGAAUUCGUAGGCAGUGGACAUCACUUAAAGAUUACAGCAUGGUAUUGCCUCAUUUAGAUUCCCUUGCAGACAAACAAAGUGGUUCACCAUUACUGUCUUCUGAGCACACUAUGGCUCCGACAUUAGUAAUAUCUGUCCCAAAAUUAAAUAUUUUUGACAGACCUGAGGAAAAUCAUGGUGCAACUCAUGUAAAGCAAAAUCCUAGCAUAUACCCAAAGAGCCAGAGAGAAGAUUGCAUUGACACGGAAAGAAUUGGAUCUGACCAUCUUCUUUCUGGGAAGAAAAGGGCAAGUUCGUCUUUCAUUUUGAAUAGUGAAGACCGUGACAUGCUCCAGGCUUCUAAACAUGCAAAAAGAUCAAGUCCUCAAGAAGUUGAGGCAGUGAAUAGUGAAGACCAUGACAUGUUCCAGGCUUCUAAACUUGCAAACAGAUCAAGUCAUCUAGAAGUUGAGGCAGUGAAUAGUGAUGCUAGGGUUCAGCCUGAUGAAAAUCUUCAGAAGGAGCAAUCUGGGCAUGAAAUUUCUCCACAUGCUGUACUUUCAACAAAAAAGCGUGUUCAUUUUUCCGAAUCUGUAAUUGAAAUGCAGAAGCUGGAGAAACAUAACGAGAGAGAAGUUUCAAGACAAUAUUGCUCAAAUAAAAAAGAUGGUCUAAUAGUAAGAAAUGCAAAAUACAACUCUAUGUUCAGAGCUAAAGAAGACAAAAGGCACAGACGGCGACGUGGCACCAAAAAGGAUAGUCAGAUACUAAAUCUUCAAGAUUUAGAAUUUAUGCUGACAGGUUUUACUCGUCGAAAGGAGAAGGAACUAGAGGACUUAAUAAGGAAACAUGGUGGCAUAGUUCUCCAUGACAUCCCUUGUCCAGAUCAUUGUAGAAAUAGAAGUGUGUGGCUGAAGAAAUUACAUGUUCUGGUCAUUCUAUGUCCCAAGAAGCUCGAGACAACCAAAUUCUUGUUUGGAUGUGCAGUAGAUGCUUGCAUCCUUAAAGCUAAUUGGCUCACUGAUUCAAUAGUGGCAGGAUCAACCCUAGCACCUGAAAAAUACUUCCUCUUACCAAAUCGUGCUGUUAAAAGUUGCACAAGAUUCAGAAAAGAAGUAUGUAGCCAUGUAUAUUCCUAUAUAUUUCAGAACAUGGGUUUCAUGCUUCAUGUGAAGGGCAAGUUUUGUACUAAACUCGCUAAGAUAAUCAAGUAUGGAGGUGGAAAGGUCUUCAAGACCCUUCAUUGGUUAGCCAAGUAUGUAGCCAGUGAGAAAAAUUCCUUUGGAGCUAUUGUAGCCGAAGAUCAUAACACUGUUUCUCGCCAUUUAAAGCAAUGUGCCUCAAAGAGUAACAUAUCUGUGUUGUCAGUUAGCUGUAUUAUAAAUAACUUAUAUUCUGGACCCAAGUUUCUUCCUUUAGGAGAGAACAAUAAUCAUUUCACUCCUCCACCUUUACUCAAGACUUGGAAUGCUCCAGUUCCAAUGGAUGUGAGUCAAGAAAUAUAGGGUUUUUUGAGGUAUGUCUUGUGAACUUUUUAAAUAAUAGAAAUAGUGCCUAUACCAAAGUUUUGAACUGGUCACAUUGGAUUAGUUUGGAUAAUAAACUAUUUAUCUAAAUUUAUUUAGGUAUAGAACUGCAAUUUGUAUUAUUGUUUCUCUGAAUUAAACCAUUU